AUGGCGCAGUUUCUCGAUGUUGCGAUGAAGCUCCCGGAAAGGAUCCGAGGCCUUCGACAGGAGCGUCUCUCCUCGCUCCGUCCGCUCGGCGAGUUCUUUGACCACCAGCGCAUCAGCAGGCCCCAGGAUACCAACGAGGCCUUCCAGCGCAUCACCUACAACACCCGGCACUUUUCCGGCAACUACGCCGUCGUCAUCGCCUGCCUCGCCGUCUAUGGACUCCUCACAUCGCCGAUCCUGCUCGUGGCGAUAUUCUUCCUCGUCGGCGGCUUCUGGGCCAUCAACCGCUUUGCACCGGAACCCAUGCAAGUCGGCGAGCACGUCGUCACGCAGAAAUCGCUCUACACCGGCCUCUUUGUCAUCGGCCUGCCGUUACUCUGGUGGGCCAGCCCCGUCGCCCUCUUCUUCUGGCUUGUCGGAAGCUCGGCCUUUCUGGUCCUAGGCCACGCCGCCUUCAUCGAGCCCCCCGUCAGCUCCGAAUACACGGGCGUCGAGACUGUCUGA